AUGGAUGACAGACCGCUAAGUUCCCGUGGUGCUUAUAAUAUCAAUUGGGAUGAAAUAGAUGAAAACUCGGACCCUUUUACUAGCAAAGCAAGCGGCAAGUCAUUCGCUAAGUCACCCAAACCAGCCCCACCGCCCAGAAGUCCUGCUAAAGUCACAUCUAAGGGUGAUGGUCCCACACCCGACCAACCCCAACCUCCUACUUCAGAUAACCCACCCCCACAACCCAAAAGUCCGAUCCAGCCCAAGGUAACUCAGUCGCCUGAUCAAACCGAAACUGCCAAUCCGCCAACGGAACCUGAGACUGUCAGGUCUCCAGCCAAAUCAAAGCCGGUUGAGGUUCCCAACGAGCAGAAAACAGAUGAAUCAUCAAUACAAUCUAAAUCACCGGCAAAAGUUAAGCCUAAACCACCAGUGCGGAAACCCGUUUCUGCACGAGUUCCAAAUGGCCAACCAAUGAAGGGUCCUAACGAAUCGAAGCAGUCAGACACAGAUUCCGAUGAAUUCCCAAAACCCUGUAAGUCUGAAUUUCUUUUCCGAAAGGGUGUAUCUUGUGUCAUGAAACAUUUUGUCACUCAAAUAGUCUUUCUCGGAUUUUUGCAUUAUUUUAAUUAG